GAUAUAUAAAAUUUAAUAUGAUUUCAGAUACCUACAAUGAAACAUAACAAAGUACGAUAGAAAUAAAAAUGCCGAAAUCCAAAUCUAGAGAAGUCAAAAUAGUCCAUUCAGAUAAACGUAUCGCUAAACUUGAUGAUGAAUCGUUAAGGAAACUAACUGACGCUGAGGGGCCUUGCAACGAAUGUAUAUGCAAUCUAAUAGACCCUCCAAAACCACCAUUUGAUAUAAGAAAUGCUAUACGAAGUGCCAUAGAUACAUUACAAAUGUACACAGACUCUACUGCAAAAUCCCUAGGUAUUACUUCUUCAACUAACCUAGCAGGGCCUAGUGAAAAGGACAAGGAAAAAGCAAAAGCUAAGGGUGGGAAGAAGAAAUAAUUUAUAUCACAAUGACUUUGGAACAAUUAAAACAACUAGAAUCUAAAUCGUUGAAGGGCCUUAAAGAGGGCGUUUCUGGGCCCUGUGAUGAAUGCAUAUGCGCAAUACUAACUACACCAGCGGACGCGUUAACACGCGGUAACUGCUUCAAGAGGUUAUUUUCAUGUUUUAUUAAGACUAAAAAAGCGAAAAACAUGAAAUCUAUUAACAGUGGGACUAAAAAUAAGAAACAAGGCAAAAGUAAAGGUAAAGGGAAGUAUACAUCGAAGCCGGUGAAAAUAACUAAAAGUAAUAGGUUUAAAAUAACGAGAUGUUAGUUUAUUAAAUUCUUUUUAGUUACA